AUGAUAACAAGGUAUGUGCCAAUAAACCAAUCGAUUGAGGGUGGUGAAGAUGGCGUUGAUACCAAUAGAUUCGCUAAUAUUCCAGAGACGCAAAAUUUUGAUCAAUUUGUUACAAUUGAUAAGAUUGCGGAGGGAAAUAGACCGUUGUCCGUGGAAUCUGACAGGAGCUUUCUUAACUCAAAAUACCAAUACUACCGAGAAGUCAUAUGGGACCGUGCGAAGACGUUUAUUACAUUGAGCUCUACGGCCAUAGUAAUUGGUUGCAUAGCUGGUUUCCUGCAGGUUUUCACGGAAACUUUGGUCAAUUGGAAAACGGGCCGUUGUAAUAGGAACUGGUUACUUAAUAAGUCAUUCUGCUGUAGCAAUGUUGUCAAUGAAGUAAGUUCCGCAAGUAAAGUGGUGUUGAAAAGACAAGAAUUUGAAUGCGAAGCACAGGGAGUUUGGAUCAAUUGGAAUGGGCGUGUGUCCCCUUUCAUGAUUUUCAUGCUUUUAUCAGUCCUCUUUGCUUCAAUUAGUACAUUGUUGGUAAAAUAUGUUGCUCCUAUGGCUACCGGUUCAGGAAUCUCAGAAAUUAAGGUGUGGGUAUCUGGUUUUGAAUACAACAAAGAUUUUCUGGGUUUUUUAACAUUGGUCGUUAAAAGUGUUGCUCUUCCUUUGGCUAUCUCUUCAGGGUUAAGCGUAGGUAAAGAAGGACCCUCCGUCCAUUAUGCAACUUGUUGUGGUUACUUGCUUACGAAGUGGUUACUAAGAGAUACACUAACGUAUUCUACACAAUACGAAUAUUUGACAGCGGCCAGUGGAGCAGGUGUUGCGGUUGCCUUUGGUGCUCCCAUCGGUGGUGUCCUUUUUGGUUUAGAAGAGAUUGCCUCCGCUAAUAGAUUCAACUCCUCUACUUUAUGGAAAUCCUACUACGUUGCCUUGGUAGCUAUAACUACUCUGAAAUACAUUGAUCCAUUCAGAAAUGGUAGGGUUAUUCUCUUUAAUGUAACAUACGAUAGAGAUUGGAAAGUACAAGAGAUUCCGAUCUUUAUCAUUUUAGGAGUCUUCGGUGGUUUGUAUGGGAAAUAUAUCAGUAAGUGGAAUAUAAGCUUUAUUCAUUUCCGCAAAAUGUACUUAUCUGCAUGGCCAGUUCAAGAAGUCAUUUUUUUAGCAACGCUUACCGCUUUUAUUUCCUACUUCAACGAAUUUUUGAAAUUAGACAUGACAGAAAGCAUGGGUAUAUUAUUUCAUGAGUGUGUCAAAAAUGACAAUACGUCAACUUUUGGACACAGAUUGUGCCAACUGGACGAAAAUACGCACGCGCUUGAGUUUUUGAAAAUUUUUACUUCUCUAUGCUUUGCGACUGUUAUCAGGGCUUUGUUGGUUGUGGUAUCAUAUGGCGCCAGAAUUCCAGCAGGAAUCUUUGUCCCCUCAAUGGCCGUUGGUGCUACAUUCGGCCGUGCGGUUAGUUUGCUUGUAGAGAGGUUUAUUAGCGGCCCUGCCGUCAUUACUCCAGGCGCUUAUGCUUUUCUGGGUGCAGCUGCCACUUUAAGCGGGAUAACUAACUUGACUUUAACCGUCGUAGUGAUAAUGUUCGAAUUAACUGGUGCCUUCAUGUAUAUUAUACCUGUUAUGAUCGUAGUUGCAAUAACAAGAAUAAUUCUAAGCACUUCAGGUAUUUCUGGGGGUAUUGCUGAUCAAAUGAUUAUGGUUAAUGGCUUUCCAUAUCUGGAGGACGAGCAAGAAGACGAGAUCUUAGAAAAGUACACUGCAGAGCAGGUUAUGUCUUCAAAAUUAAUCACUAUUAAUGAAACCAUUUAUCUCUCUGAAUUGGAGUCUUUACUGUAUGAUUCAGCCUCAGAGUUUUCCGUGCAUGGUUUUCCAAUAACCAGAGAUGAAGAUAAGUUCGAAAAGGAAAGGAAAUGCAUUGGAUACGUACUAAAAAGACACUUGACCAGUAAAGUAAUGAUGCAAAGUGUAAAUAGUGCGAAAGCUCAAACAACUUUGGUAUACUUCAAUAAAACCAACGACGACUUAGGUCAUCGUGAAAAUUGUAUUGGAUUCAAGGAUAUUAUGAACUCGUCGCCCAUAACGGUGAAGCCGCAGGUUCCAAUGUCCUUAUUGUUCCGUAUGUUCAAAGAACUUGGUUGUAAGACUAUCAUCGUUGAGGAAAGUGGAAUUUCAAGGGGUUUAAUCACCGCUAAAGAUGUUUUGAGGUUUGAAAGAAUGAAGUAUCGAGAAAUUCAUGGUGCAAAAUUUACGUAUAACGAAGCACUGGAUAGAAGAUGCUGGUCAGUCAUCAAUUUUAUAAUCACAAUAUUUUCUCCUAACCGAAAUGACAACAUUAUUUAA